AUGGUGAGAGAGCAACGCACUGUGGUGAAUGGCUGGCCAGAUAGGGCACGGCCAUCUGGAACUUUUUACAAGCAUGACCACUGCAACACCUACUCCAGUCAAAUCCUCACCAAUGGCUACCAUUGUGCGACGUCUCUUAGUUCCACCAGUAUUAGAACUUUCCUCCCUACCCAUAUGGAAACGUCUACGUCCAUGCCUCUUGAGACUUACUCCACUGGCAGGCCUCCUAGUUCUAUUGUCACAAGGACCACACCCACUAAUUCAGUUGUGACAAGCAUGCAUGGGUCCACUAGUGGAUCCUGGAUGAGCACCAAUUCUGUAACCACGCCACAUAGUCCCGGUGUCACUAACCUCCCACUCACCACAAAGUCAACCAUCAGCUUUCCAAGUGACACGAUGACUUCAAGCAAGUUGACACAAUCCACCCUGCCCAUCAACAAGACUUCAGAGACGCCAGUGACCACUACCCAGAUGCCCACCACGCAUACUUCACCCACGACGACUUCGACCACUACGCAGUCAAGUGUGAUCACCACCCCAGGCACCUGUAACAAUGGUGGGACCUGGGACAAUGGCCAGUGCCUCUGUCCCCCGGGAUUCUCUGGUGACCGCUGUCAGCUACAGGACAUCAAGUGCCAAAAUGGGGGCAGAUGGGAUGGUCUCAAGUGCCUGUGCCCCGACACCUUCUAUGGGUCCCUCUGCGAGGUCCCAAAGGAACAGGUUGAUCUGGAAACCGUGACCGCUGAAGUGGGCAUGGAGGUGUCUGUAGAGCAGGAGUUCACAUCUGACCUCAAUGACAGCACUUCCCAGGCCUACAGGGAUUUCAACACCACCUUCCAGAAGCAGAUAAAACGUAUUUACCAAAAUGUGCCGAGUUUCAAGGGUGUGGAGAUCCUGGCCUUAAGAAACGGCAGCAUUGUGGUGGACUACGUGGUCCUGCUGGAAUUGCCCUUCAGUGUCCAGCUGGAAAGUGAGUAUGAGAAGGUGAAGACAACAUUAAAGGAACAACUCCAGAACGCCAGCCAGGAGGAGACUGACUGCACCAACGACCAGGCUCUGUGUUUUAAGCCUGACUCUAUCAAGGUGAAUAACAACAGUCAGCCAGACCUGACCCCGGAAGCCCUCUGCCGCAGCAUCGUUGCCAAGGACUACCAGGAUUUCUACUUCCCCUUGAUUGAGGGGAAUAAACUCCGUUGCGUCACCAAGUGCAUGUCGGAUGUGCAGGGCGCCUUAGACUGUCACCAGGGCCAAUGCCUUUUGGAGAAGAGUGGCCCAGUGUGUCGCUGUUUCUCCUCGAACACACACUGGUUCACCGGGCCGCGCUGUGAGGUGGCCGUCCACUGGAGGGCGCUGGUCGGGGGCCUGUCCGGCGCCGUGCUGCUACUGCUGGGGCUACUGGUUUCCGGCAUCUUUGUUGUGCGUUGGCAGAGAGUCCGCAGCUCCCGUGACAGGUCCUGGACCGAUGACGGGACAUGGUCAGAGACCUGGGAUAAGGACAUCGUAGGGACGUUUUCAAAUUUGGGCUUCCAGGACGACAAAAUAGUGGAGAACAAGAACUUCGAGAUAGCCUUGGAGAACGUGGACACCAAUAUGGUGGUACACAUCCAAAGACCAGAGGUGUCUUCCUCCUUGAUAUGA